CGGGCGCAGUUAUAAACAACUCGAUGAAGGCGCGCUCACUCGGAGCAAGUUGAGAAACUGUGUGCAUCACAGACUGUCAAAACCCAACGCGACGUUUAACAUAUACAGCUAUCAAAUAGGCUACAAGUCUACUUUUGCAACAACAUGUUAGUGUUUUGUCAGAAGGACAGCGGGGUUUGAAUGACUCGGACGGGGAGGAUAUAAAUUGGCAGCCCUAAGGUUUUCGAAAUGCCAGAGAAUGUUUCGUUCUCCAGGAACCGCACGGAACUGGAAGCGCGGCCGGGGGCGCGUCCCGCAUGGGCUAUCACUGUGCUGGCCAGCGUGCUGAUUUUCACCACCGUGGUGGAUGUCUUGGGCAACUUGCUGGUUAUCAUUUCAGUGCUUAGGAACCGGAAACUUAGGAAUGCGGGGAACGUGUUUGUGGUGAGCCUGGCCUUUGCUGACCUCGUGGUGGCCUUCUACCCCUACCCAUUGGUGCUCUACGCCAUCUUCCAUGACGGCUGGUCGCUGGGAGAGACACAGUGCAAAGUCAGUGGUUUCCUGAUGGGCCUGAGCGUCAUCGGCUCCAUCUUUAACAUCACCGGCAUCGCCAUCAACCGCUACUGUUACAUCUGCCACAGCUUUGCCUACGACAGGCUCUACAGCUACCGCAACACCCUCCUACUGGUGGGGCUCAUCUGGCUUCUCACCAUCCUGGCCAUCAUACCAAACUUCUUCGUAGGGUCGCUCCAGUACGACCCCAGGGUGUAUUCGUGUACCUUUGCCCAGGCCGUCAGUACAUCAUACACCAUCACCGUGGUGGUGAUUCAUUUCUUUGUGCCCAUAGCCGUGGUUACCUUCUGCUACCUGAGGAUCUGGAUCCUGGUCAUCCAGGUGAGGAGGAAGGUGAAGUCAGAGGUGAAGCCCCGCCUCAAACCCAGCGACAUGCGCAACUUCAUCACCAUGUUUGUGGUGUUCGUGCUCUUCGCCAUCUGCUGGGCGCCGCUCAACUUCAUCGGUCUGGCCGUGGCCAUCGACCCGGAGACGGUGGCGCCACGGAUCCCCGAGUGGCUGUUUGUGGUCAGCUACUUCAUGGCGUACUUCAACAGUUGCCUUAACGCCAUCAUCUACGGCCUGCUCAACCAGAACUUCCGUAAGGAAUACAAACGGAUUAUCAUGUCCAUGUGGAUGCCUGGUCUGUUCUUCCAGGAGGCGUCACAGGGGGGUACAGAGGGUAUAAGGAGCAAGCACUCGCCCAGACUGGGACUCAACAACAACGAUCACGUCAAGGGAGAGGCUUUGUGACGCUGACUCCAAGGUUCUUCUCGCCUCCACUCCUCUCCUCCACUCCUCUCCUCCACUUCUCUCCUCCACUCCUCCCCUAUGGUGUUGUUGGACUUGUUUCUUUUUUCUUCUCUCUCUCUCUUUUUUCAGUCAUGGAGUUCCAUUUCUCUCCUGUAUCUCACUGACUGCACAGUUGUGCUGUUACCGAAGCCUCAAAGAACUCUCCGAAUGGUGCGUAUUAAAGAGAGAGAGAGACAUACACAAAGGUGUUGACUGAUGCUAACUGACUGUGUUAUUCACAAUUCGAAGAGUGCCAUUCAUGAAGCAUAUAUGUUCUAUCUUAUUAUGUAUCAUGUCCUUAAGUAUACACCUCAGGCUGCCUGCCUCCUCUCUGCUGCUGUAGUAUUAUGCAUUUCAAAGUGUAAGCCCCAAAAGUAUUAUUACAUUUUUUUUACACCAUUACGUCCAUGACAUUUUUGUAUAAGACAGGGUAUUUAAAGACACAUUUGUUAUCUUCACAGUUUCCUCUGUAAAAGUAUUUAUCACACAGUUUAUUAUAUUUUCUAUAUCGAUAUAUCUAUAUCAUUAUGACAAUCAUUAUGGCCAGCGUACAUUAGCGUAGAAAACUAUUUGUAAAAACCCUAUUGGUUGUAAAUAACAAAUAAGCAAUGGAGCAUGCCAACGGUAGGAGCUCACAAGGUCCUACUACUAACUAGGCAAUUGGAUUGUCAAAAGGUGCCUGAUUUUAUGCUCAUGGUCUCAAACAGGAGAUUUACCAAAAACAACCCCUUUACAAUUUAACCCAGUUAGUAUGGGUUAACUCGUUAGGGUUGGAGUCAGCAUAUAGCGUUAGGCUUAGAGUUACACAAGGAUAUAAGACUGAAUAGACAACUACAUUAGAUACAUCAGCAGAUUUGGUCAUUUCUGUUGAGUCAGGAAUGGGGUGCUGUGAUGCCCCUCGACGGAGUGUCCUGAAAAACCCUCGCUGGUACAUUAUAAGCACAAUAAAGCUGUUUUAACUCGGACGACAUUGUACUUAUGCAGUUUACAGGUUUCAACUGUACUCUUAGUAAUGCAUGAAGACAUGUGACCUAUUCUAUGCAUUUUACACUUCAUGUCAUUACCUUAAAACACUACAGCAAACCAACUUACUCAAUACUAUAUGUGAAUAAGGACAAUACUGUUUUUAUGAAGAAGUUAAUCUUAGUACAAAUCAAGUGAAUGAAUUCAGGCCGUAAUGACGCUGAAUACCGUUGUUGUGAUGCUGUGUUCCAUAAUGAUGAAGAAUGUGCAUGAUAAACUUUGAUGCUUUGUGUAUUGCUUUGGUUGUUUGUUUGUUUUUUAUUUUUGUUUUGCUUUGAAGAAACUAGGGUCUCUAUUCAAUCUGUAUGGCGGAAGUUCAGCGUUACAGCGUGAUUGAAAUUUAAAAGCAAUGUUCCCACGUUAGCAGAGACUACAUUCACUGUACACACUACAUAUGUUAGUUCAAUCGCAAAUGACCUUCACAUUUCUAUUGAUGACCUUGUGAAAACUGCUGCUGAAGAUAUCGAUGAUGUUGACAAAGAUUAUAUGAUGAUGAUGAUGGUAAGAUCAUUCUUAAUUGGCAUGUAUGCAUGUGGAUGCACAGGGAGAAGGAGCACAGUGGUCAAGCUAUAAGAUUUUUGAUUUUUUAAUUAAGCGAAAUACAUUGUAUUUAUUGCUGUGAUUUACGUAUGAAACUGAUGAAGAAUAUGCUUUUGAAGGGUUGUCAAUGUAAAAGUUUAGAUGUUAAUAAAAACGUUUACUUUUAACAA